AUACACAUAAUAAGGGGAUUCUUUUUCUUGAUGGAUGAUGAUGAUGAGGAUCAUGAUCACAAUGGCUCCACUAUCACCAUAAACUAAUUCCUUGUAGCACUAUGUAUAUAUACCCCCAUUGUGAUCAUGUCAUUAUACAAACAUUACAGAACUGUCCUCUUCUUCAUUCUAGUUCUCUUAACAUAAAAAGAAUCACAAAGAGAAUCUGUUUCAAAGUGAUAAGAGUAUAAGCUUUGACAGUUAUUAAUGGAAGGUAAAGGACGAGUAGGAUCAUCAAGUUCUUCUUCUUUCACCGCCGAAGUCUUUGGCUUCAAAGAUCCUUCGCCGCCAUCUUCUUCCUCUGGAAUCUUCUCUUCCAUUUUCCCUCAUCCCUCCAAGGACGUUGCAAGAGAUGGUCCAAGCUUCAAACAUGGCCCACAAGCUCAACGUAGAGAAUCUUCAACUACGCAAGGAGACAGAGUUGAGCCAUGUCAUCUAAGCUCUUCUCUUUACUACGGUGGUCAAGACGUAUACUCUCGAUCCACCACCAACCAAACUUACCCUUCAGUAAAAAACGAGCGUCUUAGAAGCGGAGAAGGCGAUGCUAAUGGACAGAACUCGCAAGAUGUUUCAAGAGGAAACUGGUGGCAAGGUUCUCUUUAUUACUGAAGAACCAGUUCCUUUAGUUUCCUUGUAAAUAUCUCCACAAACCCCAUGAAGCUCAAGCCAAGUACUAUUAUCUACCGAACCAAGACUUUGUAUAAAUAACUUUAUGCAGAAAAAAUAUUAGGCGAUUUCUAAUAUUAAAAAUAAUAUAAAGAGAUCUCCUAGUAAAAGUGUCUUGAAUAGAUUUGUCUAGUACUUGUUCUAAUCAACUGUGUCAGUGUUUUCUCUGCUUUUCUAUGUCUCACGUUCAACAAAAAUAUGAAAAUUUUA